UAUUUUCAUUGAUGUUAUCCAGAUAAGAAGAUUGAAUUGGCUGGGGCACUUGGAAAGAAGGGAGGAGGAUAAUUGGGUAAGAAAGUGUAGAGACUUGAUAGUUCCUGGGGCAAAGCCCAGAGGCAGACCAAGAAAGACUUGGCAGGAGGUUAUAAGGACAGACUUGAUACAGAGGAAGUUGAGUUUAGAUCUAUCACAGUCUAGAUCAGAUUGGAAGAGGGUCAUUAAUAUACCCCAUCCAACCCAUGCUAGCAUGGAAAACAGACGUUAAGCCAAGAAUGAUGAUGAUGAUGAUAUUUACUUUAGAAAAAAUAAGAAAAACAAUCAAGUCAAACAAAACAUAAAAGAUUCUACACCAAAGUUUAGAUGUCUGUAAUAAGAAAUAUAUAUAACAAUAGUUGCAGAUGCACACUAUAUAAAUGCUUGACAAGUAAUUAUAUGCAAAUGAAAGAGUUAAUAUUACAAAAGCAGCUACCUUCAAGAUUCUUACGUUCAAAAAGUUUUAUGCGGAGUGCAUCAUACAGAAAAGUAGAGUGUAUGUCAAUAAUUAACAAUAAAAGACAGUUUCAAACUAGUAAUACUUGUGAACACCCCAAAGAUAGCGUGUCCAUUACUUUUGUUGAUCGUAAUGGAAAUAAAAUCGAAGUGGAGGCAGAUAUUGGUGACACGCUGCUGGACGUUGCAAAAGAUAAUGAUAUUGAUGGGGUUGAAGGUGCAUGUGGAGGAACAUUAGCGUGUUCAACAUGUCAUUGUAUAUUUAAACAAGAAGAUUUCGAUAAACUGGGACUGGAGGAGAUCGACGAAGAAGAAUUGGACAUGCUUGAUUUAGCUUUUGGUUUGACUGACACAUCUCGCCUUGUUUGUGCUUUGGAAGUAACUGAAGAAAUGGAUGGCAUAGAAAUAACUGUUCCCACAGCAACGAAUGACGCAAGAGACACGUGACAUAGCGUUUGACAAGUUUUGUAGUCUAGACACGCAAAAAGGAGAUAGCAUAUAUAGUUUUUUUAGAUAUACUUUGAUACACACUAUUUCCUGUGUGCGUUUUAUUUUCGUGCGUAAUAUAAUUCCCGCCAUUUAGGUUAGCUCAAAUUAAAUUGUUAAGAUUUCAAACUGAGAGUCACUAGAUAAACUAUACAUUGCAGUCGUUGAAGUUUUCUUCACCCUAUUGUGAAUAAAAAUAUCGUUCUCAGCAAUCUCGUCUCUAGGGCAUCUUGUAUCUGGCUGGUCCGUAAAACCUGAUUCGUGCCGUCCCGAUAUAAAUAAGAGGCAACAGGCGCUCGGAACGAGGUUGCUAAGGCAUAUGGUCUUGUCAUCUGGCAGUUACGUGAAUACGGCAGUAGGCAAGGGAAACGAUGAUAAAGCAUUAGUUGGACCAAAUAACCACUCAGUGAUCGAAAGUUGAAAUAGGGUUAAAAGCACCUUAAACAUGGUGAGCUGCAACCAAAUUUUCAAAAAAUAUUACGCUUCUUUAUAUUAAAUCAUAUUAGAGGACGGGCGUUACUGUAAAAAACUUUUUGAAACAUGUUUUUAAAAAUUUAUGCUACUUUUAGUAUGCCAUCUGUUGUUAAUUUUCUAGUAAUUAUUAUGCAGAAUGCUUAUGUGUAUUGUAACAAUUUCUUCGCAAGAACAAUCAACGACGACGUUUGAA